ACACGUCGCCGGACCGCCGAGCCGAGCGGACGUUGGACGGGGGUCGGCAGCGCCCGCUCCCACCCCUAGACGCGGCCGCGCGGCAGGGCUCCGACCACGUGCGCGACGUGGCGACCCAAGACUGUUUCGAGUGCUGGAACUGUGCGGAACGUCAUCCGAGAGAUAUUUUUUCACGUUAAAAAAAAAAGGAAUAAUAAUUAUUCGUCCCUAAUCUUUUUUUUAAAAAAAAAAAAAUAGUCAUGUUUUCACCAAGCCGUAAAAAUUAAUCAAGCUUGAUCGCGCGUCGUUUUCGAACCUCGGCGAGACUUCACCGUGUUGCCAGUGGGAGGUUCGCUCACAGCAUGCAGUGCCUACACCUGCCGCCGAUAACCGCAUGGGAAAAGAUCCUCACGGAUUCAUCGUCGAGAAUGUUUUUCAUGGUUCUCGCGUGAAAGUUGGAACAGCAGGCGGAGACGAACCACACCUCGGCCGCGUGUGUUCCGGAAGGUUUGCCGACGGCGAGCGCGAUGCGCUCUUCUAGCUGAUAGAAGAAGGACCGCCACCGCCACCGCAAGGAUCGCCAUGCUCGCGCCGCGACGGGAGACAGCUUCGUCCGUCAGGUGCGGGAGGCUGUUCGGCAUCUCGCUCAACAUUCUGCUGCUGACGUCAGGAAUUUAUGGUGUGAGCUGGGAGGAAUGGUGGACGUACGAUGGAAUUUCAGGCCCGGCCUUCUGGGGGCUCAUCAACCCGGAGUGGAGCCUGUGCAACAAGGGCCGCCGGCAGUCGCCCGUCAACCUGGAGCCCGGCAAGCUGCUGUUCGACCCCAACCUCAGGGUCAUGCACAUCGACAAGCACCGGGUGAGCGGCUCCAUCAGCAACACGGGCCACAGCGUGGUGUUCACGGUGGACAACGCUACGCGCCACCACGUGAACGUGACGGGCGGGCCGCUGUCCUACAAGUACCAGUUCCAGGAGAUACACGUGCACUACGGCCUGCACGACGAGGCGGGCUCCGAGCACAGCAUCAACGGCUACGCCUUCCCCGCCGAGAUUCAGGUGUUCGGCUUCAAUUCUCAGCUCUACUCGAACUUCUCUGAAGCCUUGCACAGAGCGCAAGGCAUAGUGGCUAUAUCGUUGCUGUUGCAGCUUGGUGACCUAUCAAAUCCGGAGCUCAGAAUACUGACAGACCAACUAGAUAAAAUCAGACAUGGAGGUCAGGAGGUGGAGGUGAAGCGGCUGUCGAUACGCAGCCUGCUGCCCGAGACGGAGAAGUACAUGACGUACGACGGCUCGACCACGAUGCCCGCCUGCCACGAGACCGUCACGUGGGUGGUGCUCAACAAGCCCAUCUACAUCACCAAGCAGCAGCUGCACGCCCUCCGCAGGUUGACGCAAGGGGACGGCAAACACCCCAAGGCGCCCCUCGGGAACAACUACCGCCCGCCGCAGCCGCUGCACCACCGACCCGUCAGGACAAACAUCGACUUCAAUGUGAAGCAGACGGGUGGCAAAUACUGUCCCAGUAUGUACAGAGAAGUAUACUACAAAGCCAACACGUGGAAGCAGCACUGAGGCACGGCGAGCUGGGCCCGGAGGGGCGUGGCUGACUGCAGCCGAUGGCAGCCGACCGCAACCGGCCGCAGCCGACGCGGAGCCACGACGGCACCCGAAGAGCCCCGAACGGCACCCGAAGAGACCCGAACGACACCCGAAGAGACCCGAACGGCACCCGAGGAGACCCGAAUGGAAUCCGAAGAGAACCGAACGGCACCCGAAGAGACCCGAAUGAAGCCCGAAAAGACCCGAACGGUGUCGCUUCCCUCCGUAUUGACGCGUCAGCAGCCCGCGACCACCGUCGACUGCGUUUACGUUAGAUGGGGCAUCGAGCAUGUCGACCAGGGUAUCCGUUGGCAUCUCAUGGCUCGUUGACUAUCAGUCAUAUCUCUUAACACAAACCUGUUAAAAGUAAACUAUCAAACAUGUGGAAUUCCCUCUGGAAUACCGUCGAAACUUCCCCAAAAUGUUUUUCAACUGAGCAGACUCAACAGUUUUCAGUGGUUUUCACUAACUCUAGUAGUUUUCACGGUUUCAAAACUAUAAUGCAGUGUCUCUAAUCUGAUAAAUAUAUAAUUUUAUGUAUUUUGUGAGAGAGGCUUAUAAAUUUGCUUAAAACACGUAUAUUUAGCUGGGGAUGAUUUCUAAGGUAGUGAAACCACAUUCUUUGAAUGAUAUUUUGUUUUCAAUGUGUUAACUCAUUGGUGUUUGAGUGAAUAUUACUAACCUAUUUGUUCUGGUAUGGAAUGAAUUAAAAUCCAUUAAAAAGCGUUUAGUAAUGUAACAUUUUCUUUUUGAAUAUAAAUAUCCUCGAGCGGAAGCUAUAUUUGAAAUUAGAUUAUCGCUGUAACGUCACAAAUCUGGCAAUUAAAAUUGCUGUGCAAUCUUACAUAAAAUUGGUGCCUUGUCUCAUAGCAAACGAUCAUCAUUGUUAAACAAAUAUCUGAGUAACGUUAAUGCUGUGCAAUUUUAAGACUACAAAUUUUUUAACUGGUCAAAGAUAUAUUUUUUUAUUUUACUUUAUUUUUUUUUUUUUCAAAUUAUAACAGCUACCACUAUGGGUAACAUUAUUAGAAACAAAUAUUUUCCGUUUUAAUGCAUCCCAUUCUUUGUCAAUAGUGUUUUUAGAUAAACACAAAAUUACAAUAUUUUCUUGCUCUCUAACCACCCUUUGAUCAAUUUAAAAUGAUUUUUUUCAUAACGGGAAACUAAAAUAAUAUUAAAAAUAUUUUCUGAAAAGAAAUGCAUAUCACUGACUGGAAAGGGGAAAUACACGGUAUAAAAAAUAACUUAUCUUUAGAGAAUGAAAAUUUUAUAUUUUACGAAUUUCAAAGUAUACGAACUGUUCAUUUAAACGUCUGUUCAGCAGUAAAGGAAACGAAAACUCUUGAAUAGUAAAUGGAUUCCAAACUCAGAUAUAAAAUACCAGCGAACAGCUACAUUGCAAAUGUGGCACUUCAGACACCUCGGGAAUUUUAAAGUAAAACUACCUGAAAAAUAGCAUUAAUUUUUAAUUUCUCAUUUUACAAUAUGCAGGUACCUAAACUUAUUAUUUACAAAUAAAUAUUUUAAAUUUUUUAGUUCACACAAUGGUGUUUCAAAUUCUUUGAAUCCAGGUAGUAUCCCAUUGUUCAAAACGCGAUUAUUUAAAUUUUAGUGCAAAAUAUAACCAUUUUCUGAGACAAACAAAGUAAUUAAUAAAAGUUUUUAAAAAAUUUUAAAAAUUUCUUAUAUCCUACAAUUUUUUUGAACUAGUUUUAAAUUCUCGUUAUUCGUCAAUUAUUUUUAAUACUCAAGAGCUAUUAUAAAAAUUUUUAAAUGAAUUAGGUCCAAAUUUACAUACUGAUAUCUUCAUGUUUAUUGGCAUUAUUAACAAUAUUUUUAACCUUAUUGUUUACAAUAUUAUCAGGAUGUUUGCACGAUAUAUUAAACUACGACCAAAAUUUAACAAAACUAGUAGCUAACUGUGUAGAUAAUUAUGAGUAGAUAUUAUUUGUCUCGGCAAAAAUUCUUGCAUUCUUAAACUCUUCAACAAGUCUGUUUUUCUUGGUAGCAUCAGAUUGUAUUUGUUUAGUUUCUUAUGCGGGAAUAUAAAGUUUUGGCUUCUUAUAACGAGAUAUAACAACAAAACCAUGCUGAUAUGUUUUAAUUCAAAGUACUGUGAAGGACUCGCUCAUAAUAUAAUAGAGUUUGAAACUGGGCAUUAAGGUAAAAUAUUGUUAUAAGACAUAUCAUGUUAAUUCAUGGACUUUUGUGAAAGUGAUAUUUCUUAUGAGUUAAGUCUAUUUACGCAUAUUCACGAUGCUGGAAAAGUAAUGUAUGCUGUAUCUCAUAUCUUAAACGACCUUCUUAACUGUAUACAUGCAGUUAUAAUUAAAGACGUAUUGGACUCAAUAAUAGUGACGGACUUACGAAGCAAAUAAACAUAUCAAAAUAAUAUUUUAUGACGUCGCUAAUGUUCUGUGCUGUUAACUAUUGCCACGCUUAGAUCAUGUUCCCGUUACAAUUAAGUGUGCUAUGGCCAACUCUAAACCACAUGCAGUGUACUUUACAUAGAGUUGUUAAAAAGAGGAAAUGCAAAUGAAAACAAAGCUAUAGAUGUUAAAUAAUUGUGGUGUUUGUAGACUCUACUUAGCAAUUAGUGGUGGAAUACAUUUUGUAAAUGCUAACGAAGUUCUCAGAAAAAUACGAAGACAUAUGAACACGCCUUGGAAUCUGAUUACAUAAUCAAAUUUUUUAAACUAAUAUGUAAAUGUGUAAACAUAUCCCAUCCUUAUUUUUAACCGUAAAAGUGAUUCAAUUUUAAAAUAAAACUAGUAUUUCAGACAUUAUACAUAGUAAGUAAAUGGACAUAAUUUACCUAUCUUAAUAUACAAUUAAUUAUUUUAGCUAUACCGGAAUACUGUGCACUAUUUCUUAUUGGCUUCGUUAAAAUUCCAGAAAAUCUGGAUGUGUAAUUUCGUAUUUCAAAAAAAAAUUUCUCGCAAUAGUACUAAAUACACGGUAUGGUCAAAACUCAUAAUAUGUGGUGAGCUACGGUCUACUUGUGUUACUUGUUCCACUGUUUACUGCACUUACGUAAUUUGAGCAGAAAUAUUUUUUGUUUAUAUUAUAUGACUAUAUUAUUAAAUAUUUGGUUACAUUGACAUCCAGAAUUAUAUUUAUUAUAGUUUAUAUGGUACAUAAAAAUGUUGGGCCAAAUGGAAAUAUAAACUUACGUACUACGGUUAUCUUUAGGGUGCCUUAACAUUAAAACACAAAACUAGGGACUGGGGAUUUUAACUUAUGUAAUAGGCUCCAAAUAAUGAGUCGUUGUGUAAGAAGCUGGUGUUACACUAAAAAACCAAUAUCUGGCAUACCAAAGGGAAUCUUGCAAUGUGAGCAACGAAUAUUUCAGAAAAUGAAAACUUUUUAUUUACUUAGUUAUUUUAUGCUCGAUAGUUCCUACAGAUUUAUCAUGUGCUGAAUUACUGUCGUAUAUUUCUGAGAAAAAAACUUGUGAA